CACCUUCGAAGAGCAUUUCUACAGUUUAUCAUCUUCUGAUCCGCCAUGGAAACCCCAUAUAGCUCCUCUGUUGAUUCUUCUCGCCCUUUUCGCUCCGUCAAAGAAGCUGUAGCCAUCUUCGGCGAGAGGAUUCUCGUCGCUGAAAUAUAUUCUCCCAAGCCUUAUCACCCGCCGCCGCCUCCUAGCCAUCAUGACCUGCCAUGGAUGUUUCCAUCAUCUCCAGUAAGUCCUGUAAACUCUAAUAAAGAAGAUGAGCACGAAACUUUGAAGAAACUCGAGACUGAGCUUGAGCAAACCAAGGUGGAGCUGAAGCAACUGAAGGAGAGAGAAUCGGAGACAGAACUUGUAGUGGCUUCUUUGAAUGCUGAGCUUCAGAAAAACAUGUCUAAGUUGGCUGAGGCAGAGGCUGCAGCGGCGAAGAAGGCAGCAAGAAGGGUGAGUUUUGCCACGGAAAAGAAAGAAGAUGUUAUUAGAGAUGAAGAAAAGAAGAGAGAGUUAAUGAUAAGAAUGGAGAAUUCGUCAACUUUGACUCAGAUAUUGAGUCUUGUUGAAGAGAAAGGAUAUUUCGGAAGCAAAGAAGAUCAGAGGAAGAAGAUGAAGAAGAAGCCUAUUGUUCCUCUUGUAAAAGACCUGUUCUUCAGGAAAAAAGGAUUGUCUACUAAAACUCUUAAUAAUCCUCUCUUUGCUUCAGCUCGUGGUGUAGUUUGAUUAGGGAAAAUUAAGCAAAGUUGUUGAUUAUUGUUUCAGGUUGAUCAAGUUUCAUCAGUUUUCUUUGAGUUUGUAUUGAUGCAUGCAUGUGUUGUUGUUUGUAUACGUUUGUAUAAAAAUUUCUUUAUUUGCUGCUUGUUCUA